CCCGGCAGAGAGCUUGCUAGUGUCCGGGUCGGCGAUGAAUGCAGUUUCCUCGACGAUUGCAGCGAGUCCGGCUCGGAGAGAAGUGCGGGUGGAGGACUGCGGCGCCCCGCGCCUCGGAGCGCCGGAAGGGGCUGUCCAAGCAUCCUCGGGGUCUCACCUUGGAGGGGGGGCAGCGAGGCUUUUUGGCACCUGAACGACGGAAGGCGCUCGUCCCGGCAUCUCCUCCCUGGACAGGCUGGCGGCAGCCCCUCCUAUUUCUGAAUGUUUUGCUAAAGGGCAUGCUGAGACCCGGCCUCAGCCUCCCAAGGAAAAUCUUCUGUGAGGACUGCAAGGCAUACAAAGAUUCAGAUGGAAAUUUUUAUAUGAGCAUAUCAUGCCCAGUGUACUGCUGUGGGACCUGCAAUAAUCGAUCUUGUUGCUCCGACUACUUGCAAAGAUUUGAUGAAAUUAAAGAGCUUACAUGUAGUUCGCAGCUAUUUGAAAGCAGCUAUCCGUCAGCCGAGGAACAACCAAUGAAGUUCCGAUCAGAUAUGGAUGACUGGUAUUCCCCUCCUCCCAGUGGGACUAUUAUAGCGAUCGGAGUCUCACUUUUCAUCCUGUUCAUAGUGACGAUCAUUGUCUGCUUCACCUGCUCGUGUUGCUGCCUGUACAAAGCGUGCCGAAGACAGCCGCGGCCUGUUGUGACAACAACUACAGCCACCACAGUUGUACAGGUGCCAUAUCCUCAGCAGCCUGCAGCCGCUUACCCCGCUGGGGUAUACCAGGGUUAUAAUCCGGUGCCAGUGCAGCCACAGCCGGGAAUGCCAGGAGCCCCCUACCCCGUGCAGUAUCCUCCGCCUUAUCCUAUGCAACCUGCAGCACCGCCAGCCUACCACGAAACAAUGGCAGCUGAUGCUGGAGCUCCUGUAACUCAGCCACCUUACAACCCAGCAUAUAUGGAUCCUCCAAAGCCUUCAUACUAAAUGGACUGACUGUUGUGCAUCUAUGCAGAAACCUCUUCAAAUCCGUUUUCUGGUGCAUUUUCUGAAAAUAGUUCUGUAAGAGUAGGUAGGGAGAGGGGGAAGGACCCCCAAAAAAUUGAAUGCCACAAGAAAAGAUGAACCUACCUGUGGAUUUGAUCCAUUAAAAUAGUUGAAGGUUUUAGAAAAGAAAAAGAUGUAAAUGCUGGAGAGAUUGCUCAAGCACAGGAAUCUAGGCUAUAUUGUACAAUAUUCUGAAGUCUAGCAGAAAAGAGUGGCUGUGAUGAGACAAACAAGUAUGCACUCCAAUAAUGUGACCAGUAAUUAUUACUGUUUAGAAAGCAAGAGGUAUAUUUCAGUAAAAACAACCAUGAGGUAUUGCAUUUUCACAAGCAAGGAAAAUAAUCAAUGGUAGAAUGGCUGUUCUGUUUUUAGCAAGAAAUAGUAUACAUGUUAAUAUGUCAGCAAACACAUAAUUAAUUUGCUUCACUAUAACCUUUCCUAGUCUUAAUUUCAGUCAUGGAAAUGGUAUACCCAAGAUAGUUCUUGGUAUCUAAGAUGGCUCUGCAUAAGAUUGGUUGUUUGAGAUUAUUAAUAAUCUCAACAAGGAGAACAGGCAACAAAGCUUUGGUAUUCCAGGGUAUUGGAAGCUUUUUGUAGAAGAGUGAGGUAUAACUUACCAUUCAUUGAUGUAAUAUUAUUCUUACACCCUAACAGGAAUAUUCUGGUUUAGGGUUCUAAUGAACCAGCCACGCCCUCUUCCAAGAUGCUACAAGGCAAAAGGAACUGAAAUAGGGAUGUUUACUUCCUGCAUCUGCCACUCUGACUUUCCACUUGUUUUUGUUUUCCAUAUCAACAUUCCCUGUGUGGUUUUCAUGGCCUUGCACUCUUGCCAUUAUUAAGGCUUUAUUUCUGCACUCCGUGGGGCAUUCCCAAGCGUAGUGAUCACCCCGCUUCACCUCCCAGCAGCCCUGAUUUGGCUGCAGUCUUGUCAGCACUCAGCAUCUUGGGCUGGCUGUCAGGAGGAGCUAUUUUGUUAUGCCAUGGCAAUGUUGUGCAAUGCUUGGCUUCUUGUUGCCAUUUGAAAAGAAUUAAUCUUUUGGUCGGAAAAGUAAUUGCCCGAUGCUUUCUUGCCUGUUUGUAAUUUCUGUUAUAUUUUCCUAUUCAAGAAAUUACUUAUAUAAUGACCAAGGCCACAGUUCACACUUUCCUGGGUACAAGCCUGAUUUAAUUUAGUGGAGAUUACUUCUGAGCAGAUAUGUAUAGGAUUAUGCUGUAAAAUCUAUUAUAUAGGGAUAGAUCCCUCUGUCUUUAUAAAGAUGCAGUAUCUGAUUUGACUUUACAGUCUACAUAAAUGCUUCUGAUUACUAUUAACAUAGGACAUUUUUCUCUCACAUGCAGUUUCAAAAUGUAAUGGGGCAAACAUUAGCCAGACCUGCAUUCUGCCAACAUGACUGAACCCAUGUGCAUAUUUCCACAUAAAGUCACUGCAUCUCAAAUUAUAGCUCUGCCUACUUUUAUCGCUAUACUGUGGCUCUCUGAAACAGCAUGGUGUCUUUAAAGCCUUUAUGAUUCCUUUAUCUCCAGUACUAGACAGAAGAUGUUAAAACAAUUGCAUCUAUUAAAAAUCAUACAUCUUGAGUAAUUCCUGCUUCAUUGUGACACGUGAAAUGCUGGUUCAUGCAAUCAUGUGAUUUUAUGCACAAUAACAAUAGAAUUAAUCUGACAGUAUUUGCUUAUGUAUGAGAGAGAUUUCUCUGUUGGCAACUCCACUGUAACGCGUGAGCUCUGUUGAAAUUAAUAGCAUUUGUGUCACUAUAUGGGGAAAGUAUUCCGGCCAAUGAGAGACUUUUAAUUAAUGUGGUGCAUGUCACUUUCAUUACUACUUUUUUUACUGAAGAAGGGAAAUAGAAUUUAAGCUUUACAUUAUACAUUUCCUGUAUUUAGUUUUGUAUUGUGAACUUUGAAAGUGCCUUUUCCAGACUUUUCUAAAUGCAUCAGUACAGUGUGCUAGAUCAAUAUUAGCUGAUGUUCCCGGUAUAGUUUUUCAUCUUAAUUUGUAUGUUGAUGGCUGUAGGAAACCAGACACAGUGAAAAGAAUUGGCAUUUUUUCUGCUCUUUGUAAUAAAAUAUUGUUUAAAAUA